CAGUUUAAUAUGUUUAAUCUCAGAAGAAUUAAGAGCAAGAUGGCAGUAUUGUCAAAAAUGAGGGCCACCAGAUCUCUGAUCCAGUCCAAAACAACCAUGCUUAGACAAUGGCCAGCAAUGAGCUUUAGCAGUAAAAAUAAUUAUGACUCUAAAUUCGAUAAAUUCAUGAAGCAAACAAAGACAACAUCAGAUGAAGAAGAGAGAAGAGCUAAGGAAGCUGAGAAGGAAAUGAGAGAAAGAGAACAAAAAGCCAAAGCUGAAUCUGAAAAAGCCAAACAAAAGCUCAGAGAUACCAAAGACACCUUCGAAGGCUUCUCUACCAAAGACCAACAACAAGAAAUGAGUAUGAAAGACGUCUUCAAAAACAUCAACUUCAAAGAGCAUCUUGAUGAAGCCUCAAGCAUGUUCACCAAUCUUAAGUCUGGCGCUUCCAAGAAAGUCGGAGGCAUUCUUGAAAAGCGAAAACAACUCUUCAACAAAGUCAAGACUGAAGAAGUCCAGAAAAAAGUCGAAGAAGAGCUUCACAAAACCUCAGAGCAGCAGCCAGAUACACAGGACAAACAGCAGGCAGCCUCUGACUCCACUGACAAGGCUUCUGAAGCAGAGACUGCAGACAAAGAACAGCCUUCCGAACAAACCAGUGAUGCCCAAGAAGCUGCAGAGCCGAAAGAGUCUGUGUUGUCAAGAUUCAAGAAUCGAGUGGGGUCUACCACCGAGACCAUCAACCAGAAAGCUCCUUUUCUGUACAAGACAGGAGUCUUCAUGAAGGACCUGUGGCAAGAGACGUUUCCGAACGAUGACGGGAAAGUCAAGUCAAGGAUGAGGAGGCGCAAGGAAAUGGCUCAGAUGCAGAAGAAAUACUCUGAAGAAGAAAUUGCUGAAAUGCAAGAGGAAAUUCCUGAAUGGAAACGUACAGCUGUUCAAGUUGUAGAUGAGAGUCAGCAAGAAGACCAAAAAGCAGGAUAUAUUAAGAAGCUUUUCAAGAAGGUUGGAUCCAAAGUUUCAGACUCCUCAGUUGGUAAGAAGGUAUUCGAGAGUGAGGAGUACAAAGAACUCAUGAAGAAGUAUAAAGAAGUCAAGGUAGAGGCUUCAGAGUUCAAGGAAGAUUUCAAAGAUGAGGUAGAAACAACACAAAACCCAAUUGUAGGUGGAGUCAGAGGAAUAGGAGAUAAAUUCUUAGGGGACUCACCUCAAAGUCAAGCAGUCGCUAAGAUGAGAAUGUAUGACCCUGAAUUUGAUAUCCUUGAGUUGAAUUAUGAGGUAGAAGAAAUUUUUGAAGAUAUGUUCAAUAACUUCUUAGAAGGAAACUUAGAAUAUCUUGAAAAAUUCUGUGGAGAAGCAGCUCUGGCUAUCAUCAAGGCUGAUCUACAAAGGAGACAUAAGGAGUUCUGGGAUUAUAAAUAUAAGGAACUUAUAUUCUGCACAGAUACCAAUCUAGCAGAUGCCAAUAUUGGUGAUGAUAACAAGCCUAGGUUCUCUUUCACUUUCACUACACAAGAUAUUAAUUGAAAAGUAUCAACCAAGGAUCCAAAUGACAUCGUAGAGGGAGGAGAUCAUGAGCUCCAGCAGUGAAUCUACAAAAUAACCAUUCGGCUUCAUGACGAGCCUGAUAUCUCUGAGACUGGGCAUUACUGGGAAAUUGUAGAAUUUGAAAGACAUGAUCAAAAGAAGCAACUCGUAUAAAUAUGUAAUAUUAAUGACACUCCAUUGAUUGUCAAUAAA